AUGGGACCAAAUUGCAAAGUUCAGGGCGGCAGACCAGUCCUAUCCAGCAAUUACGCACCAUCGGCAAACCGUGUGCGUGCCACCGACGACGACGCGCCUUCGGAUCAGCCACCAGACGAGUCCAAUGGCGGUCAUGAGAUUUCGAAGGGCCAUCUUGACGGCUACAAUAACCACACGUACCUGGUCAGCUACGGCGCCGCUAACAUCCCGGUUGGAGUAUGCAACCCUCAGAAGAUGUUGCAGAUCGUGAUGGAUAGGGGUUGUAAAAUAGGAGGUACAGAUGUGGAAUGCCUGGUCAAGGGCAACUGGCCAUGCGACUAUGUCGAUGACACAGCUAAAGGCGGCUGUAGCCCGGACGAUGAAGGUCAGAAGGCCGUGCGAAAGUGCUCGCUGGGCAUCGACGCAAAAUUUUCGACCAAUGUCCAAGAGCGAGACCACAGACUCGCAGAUAUCUUCAAGGAGUUUGCCCUGAAGGCCAUGGAACCUCCCAUCAAGUCGUGGACAGUGCCAGCAGAAGUAAGACUUUCCAGCUGGUAUUCCAACUUGACGGAGGAUCCGCUCGGCGAUGGCACGACGCAUAAGUUCAACACCAUGACCGUUAAUUUUGCGUGCCCAGCGUCAAAGAGCACAAACAAUUGUGGGCUGGCAAGUGCUCUCGUGGACCUAGCCACUGCUAUACUGGCUAUCUUUGUGCCCGAAACUGGAGCUGCUGUUUUGGGAGCAGUAGGUGCUGCCGGCGGCGUGGCAGGCUCCAUGUGCCAAUAG